UUUUUGUUUUGCUAAAUUUACAUAAGUAAAAGACAUUAAUAGUUCUUCCACCACUGGUGUCAGCUCAUGUCUAGCCUACAUGUAACUCGUAUAGCAAUGGCUUUCAAUCAAUGAGCCCACCAAUCUUCAUUAUCAUUUGUCUGGGCAACAGACAGCUGAGAAGAGGACAACAACAACCACAGAUCUGUCAUGUAUGCUGCAGACAUGAAGUGUACAUGCAGGGCUUGUAAACAUCCACAGUGCUGUCAGUAAGCCUAUAGCAAUAUGUCCAGCAUCAUGUUCAGUACAACAACAGCAGCUGCUCCAUCAUUCCCCACCCCCCUGGAUUUAUGUUGACUAUAAUCAGGUUAUUAAUGUCUCUCACACACCUCUAAACACUGCAUGUAAGCUGGUCUAUGCCUUGUCCCAAAGAGAGCAGCAGCAGCUCUUUGUUUGUCUUUUGGUUGGUGACAGCACAGGAACAUGUGGUCAUGCAGCAGCCAAUGCCGAGCCCAGAGCAGGCGAUCAGCACUGUCAGAAUAGCAGCAGCAGUGCUGGCACUGGAGAGGAACUCUGCCGUCCCCCUGCAGAAAGAAACCCCCUAAAAGAGAGACAGAGAGAGAGAGAGAGAGAGAGAGAGAGAGAGGGAUUUGGUUACAGAGCAGAGGAGGAUGAGGAUGCAGUGGGAAGGGGAUGUUGCAGUGGAGGCUGCACGGAGGCAAAAACAAACAGGAGGACAGGCUGUGUGAUCCAGGUUUCAAGAUGUAGGAGCUGCAUCAGAAGAGCCCUCAGUCAGAGUGUGUGUGAGCGCACCAUAACAUCAGGGGACUUGUGUUUCAAGGAUAGCGAAGGUGGAGAGGCGCAACCUGAUAAGUCCUCCCCUACACCUCCACAGAGGAUGAUGACAAAUUAGUCCUUAUUCAGCAAGGAGCGAGUGCAUCACCCUAAGGAUCAGAUGUUGUCCACAGCUCAGCAGAUGCUGCAGGAUAGCCGCUCCAAGAUCGAGCUGAUCCGACUGCAGAUUAUCAAAGUCACCCAGGCUGGCAGCAGCAGUGGCGGCGGUGGUAUUGGCGGGGAUGGUGGCGAUAACCCUAACAGCUCCACUCACGGAGUGAUCUCUCCGGUCGCCAUCAGUGCUGUGGAUGCUCAUUUGGCAGAGUUGCAGCACUACAUGCAGAGAGAGACAGAUGCGUUGGUGCUGGCCAAAGAUGUGGUGAAGCAGCUGGAGGGAAUCUCAUCGCUGGACCAGAAGGCACUCGCUGAGGCUCAGCUCCGGGUGCAGGAGUCUUCCCAGAAGCUGGAUCUUCUGCAGCUGUCUCUUGAGAAAUGCAUGAAGGAAAAGAACCAGAAACCUCUACAGGAGCCUGCAGGGGAGGACGACCCUUCAGAGGGACCCCCGUCUCCCCAAGACUCCAGACCUGAAUGUCCCCUGUCCACCUCGCCGUCUAUCUUCUCUAUCAAACCUGCCUCCUUGACUGGCAAACUUGAAGUAAACCUUCUUGGAUGUGAGGAUUUACUGAAACCUCUGACAAACCCAGAGCAGAGAAACAAUCUGAGUCCAAGUGAUGACGGUUCACCUGCUGCUCACAGGACGGACAGACACUGUGUGGAAAUCAGCGCGGUGCUCAGGCUGGACACCAGAGUGGUCGGCCGGACACGCUGGGCAGCCGUCAGCAGGCUGACCUGGGAUCAGACGUUCUGCAUCCAGCUGGAGCGGUCUCGAGAGCUGGAGGUCACUGUCUUCUGGCGGGACCGGAGGGCGAUGUGUGCAAUCAAGUCCCUGCGACUGGAGGAGAUGAUGGACAACCCGAACCACGACCAGGAGUUACGCCUGGAGCCUCAGGGCCUCCUCUAUGCCAAGCUUCAGUUCAUCGACACUGUUGUUGAGCGGCAGCCGAAACUGAGACGUCAGCGAUGUAUCUUCACUAAAGAGAGAGGGAAGAACUUCCUCCGAGCGGCCCAGAUGAACAUGAAUUUUGCCACGUGGGGUCAUCUGAUGAUGAGCAUCCUCCCUCGCUACAGCUCCUUCACCACAUUCAGCUCGUCCCUCUCCACGACCCCCGACCUGGUGGCCAACAACACCCAACGUCCAACUGAGAAGGAGCCGCAAACCACCACUCCACUGCCAAGCGAAGCUCCAGAAAUCCGACUCCGAAUCACUGAGGAUCAGCCGUCUCCCACCAGCCUCGACCAGGGAGGCAACACACCCAACAUCAUCACCACAGCACACAAAACAUCAUCUGUGCCUGCAUCGCAAGGAAAACUGUCAUCCAUAAACAACACAGAAGGAAGUGAAGAUCAGCCUGUAUCUGCUCUAAAGAUGCAGAUGGAAGAUUUUAAAUAUAUUUCAGUUCUGGGCAGAGGACACUUUGGAAAGGUCCUGCUGGCAGAAUUUAAGAAGACAGGAAAACUGUACGCCAUCAAAGCCUUGAAGAAAAGAGACAUUGUGACUCGUGAUGAAGUGGACAGCCUUAUGAGCGAGAAAAGGAUCUUUGAGAUGGUCAACGCAUCCAGACAUCCGUUCCUGGUGAACCUCCACGGCUGCUUCCAGACCAGCGACCACGUCUGCUUCGUCAUCGAGUAUUUACCAGGCGGUGACCUCAUGAUUCACAUCCACAAUGACGUCUUCACCGAGGCCCAGACCAGGUUUUAUUCAGCAUGUGUCGUGCUGGGUUUAGAGUUUCUGCAUCUGAAUAAAAUCAUCUAUCGAGAUCUGAAACUGGACAACCUGUUAAUGGAUGCAGAUGGAUUUGUGAAAAUCACAGACUUUGGACUUUGUAAAGAAGGGAUGGGUCACGGGGAUCAUACCUCGACUUUCUGUGGGACUCCUGAGUUUCUGGCUCCUGAGGUCCUGACAGACGACAACUACACCCGAGCAGUGGACUGGUGGGGGAUGGGCGUCCUCAUCUAUGAGAUGCUCGUGGGAGAGUCUCCGUUCCCCGGUGAGGAUGAGGAGGAGGUGUUUGACAGCAUCGUCAAUGAUGAUGUGCAGUAUCCAGGGUCUCUUCCUCCUGAUGCUGUCGGCAUCAUCCAGAAGUUGUUGAAGAAGAAUCCUCUGAAAAGACUCGGAGCCGGAGAGAGAGACGCAAACGAAAUCAAAGGAGAGAAAUUCUUUGAGACCAUCGACUGGGAAGCCCUCAUGGCCAAGACGGUAAAACCGCCGUUCCUGCCGUCAAUCAAGGAGUCGAUGGAUGUCGGCAACUUUGACAGCGAGUUCACUCGACUCCAGCCAAUCCUGUCGCCUCCCGCCAAGCCCUUCGUCCUCUCUGCGGAGCAGCAGGAAGCCUUCGCCGACUUCGACUUCUGCGCCUUGCAUGGAUGAAAGAAGAGCUGAAGUAACCAGGGUGGGAAAAUGAUUACAUUUAGUUUGCGGCUGGAAUGUUUGGCCACUUUAGAGGACCAAACAUCAUCAUUUACGUUUAAUCAACUCCCCUAUUGGCAAGUAAAAUAAUUCAUUCAUUAAUUCAAAUAAUAAUUUAUUUAUAAAGUGAUUAACUACUUUAUUUAUAUAUUUUUUAAUAAAAACAUUAAAGAUGUAGUUUUAACAGUUGGACUUGCAAGAACAUUGACAGGACUUUUUUAAACUUUAGUAUUUGGUCUAGUUUUCACUCAUUAAUUAAUAGUCAAAAUGGCACAAAAUGAAUCAGUGACAAAUGUCAUGAUCGAAUAAAGUCCUUUUUCUAAUACAAAUACUAAAGGUUUGCCAAUUACAACCACAAAUGUGACAUGAGUUUUUACUUAUGGACUAUUGUAUGUUGUAAUGGCCAUUAGUCAUCAUAUCUUUUGACAGUUAGACUUAAUUGAUCAAUCAAAGGAAAAAAGACUUAAGGAAGACUUCAACAUUUUGGGAGAUAGUCUUAUUUACUUAAUAUCAUACAGAUGAUAUCUGUACAAAAAAAAGGUUACCUUCAGCAGAGCUUAGCUUAGCACAAAGACUGGAAACAAGGGCCAACAGGUGGCCUGGCUCUGUCCAAAGGUAACUAAAUCUGUCAACCAGCCCUGCUAGCUGUUUCCUCAUCUCCAGUCUUUGUGCUAAGCUAAGCUAAUCAACUGCUAGCUGUACAGUAUAGCUUCAUAUGUAUCGUACAGACAUGAGAGUGGUAGUGAUCUUUUCAUCUAACUCUCGCCAAAAAAGAAAAUCUGUGUAUUUCACAAAAUGUCAAACUAUUUCAUUAAAAAGAAAAGAAAUUAUUUGUUAGUUAGCCCUAGUUUGUUUCAAAAAGUGAGUUUUGGAAGCCAGAAAUCUGACCUCCCAGCCUAAUAAUCAUUUAGCUAUUUGUAUUGAUCAACAAUCCUUAAAGAAAGUCUCCCACCCUGGUCUUCGUAGUACCACUAAAUGAACGAACACCUUGGAUAUUUCUGCAGCUCAGUCAUUUGCAAACAGGACUCUACAUACGAUCCCGUGGCUGAUUUUGCUGACUGUUCUCACCGCCAUCCAAUCGACAGCCAAUUGUCGAUCAAAUAAACCAGGCAGCAUAUUUUUGUUUUGUUUUUAACAGAGCAAAGAAAUUAAUUAUUACCCUUUAUAUUCUCUGUGGAGAGUCAAGCUUUGUUGUGACUGUUCCUUCAGUAAUACAACUCACCUGCUCCUGCUAUAAAGAGUUUAUUUAUGAGAGCUGCUCAGGUGAAAUGUUGUAAAAACAAAUACAGGAUGCUUGAAGAGUUUAUUAUCACAUUAUCACAUCUUUAUUCUUCUUAUAAUUUAAUUUUAAUACUCCAAUAUUGGAUGAUUUGCUAUGUACCAGUCAAAAUACAAAGUAGUACAAACAAAACCUUAAAUUAUAGUAGCCGUGCAAUACAUGUAAUACAUAAUACAUAAAAUAUGUAUGUAUAGUUUUGGUGAGCCCUUACAUGCAUCCAGUGUUCCUCCGUUUGACGUCAUAAUUUCAGCCACUUUUCCUCUUGCCACAUUACAUAAUUUUGCUAAUUUUGCACCUGAUACACAAGUAGUUAAGGCAGAGACUGCCUGGACUCUGUAAGAGUCUGUAAGUUGCCUUAUGUUGCCUCAUAAAUGUAUAAAAUUAUGAUUGUCAUACCUCUCUGGAAGUUAACACAUACUGUAAUGCUGACUCAUAUUCACGUGUGUAGCAGUGUUUGUUGCCUAAGUUGCGGGUGCAUCAGUCACAAAUGGGGCAUAAUUAUGUGAUGUGGUAAGAGAAAAUGUGUCACGGUUAGAAGAGCAGGCAGCAGGAGAAGAACAGGCAGACUGGUGCAGUUCAAUGAUUUAUUAGGAGAAAGGCUUACAGGCAGAGAGCCCAAAGGCAGGUAGAAAUGAUGAACCCACUCAGGUCAGGUGACUGCAGGGCUGAUGAGGGAAGUGGGAACAGGUGUGCAGGUGGGAGGGGAUUUCAGGUGGGCUAGCAAGAGAAUCUGAGGGCAUCUUAUGGACGGUUCAAGAAUGGCAGAUGUGGGGAGUGUACAUGGCCUGGGGGAAGUCAGCAGGUGACAGACACAGAGAGCCAGACAGCAAAACAACAGACGAGACAGUCCUGUUGAUAAAAUGACUCACGGAUCAUAACAUAAUAUCACAUAGGAAAACUGCAAUGGUACAAAGACAAACUAAUAACACUGACUGAAAGACACUUAAUGGAAAAUUACAAAAGAAAGCCUAAUAAUUGUCCAUAAAGUUAAAUCAACACCUCUGAAAGUCUCAUCAAAAAGCAAUUUACUUAUCAGCUUCACCAAAUGAAUUUACUGCAGAGCUAAUUGUCUUGUCACAUUUCCAUGAUUUUGGUAGAAGUAAUAUGUCAGCCACGAAGUAAAAUGUCAAGCUUUAAGUUUCAAAAAUCCAGGAUUGGUCGGUUUAUAAUAAUAGCCACAACUCCAAAGCUUUUACACUUUCAGCUUAGUUAACCAGCUGUUAGAGCCAGCUCAACUGGCAGGGAGCUGAAGAAGAAGUACUCAGAUCUUUUACUUGAGUCAAAGUAGCAAUACAACAGUGCAUAAAUACUCUGGUACAAAUAUAAGUCUUGCAUUCAAACUCAAAAGUACGAAAGUAAUUGGCAUCAAAAUAUACUUGAAGUAUAUUGGAGCUCAUUUGAACUACUUUAGCCUAUAUACUGCUGGGCAGCUUGUGAAUCCCACAUAUCAAUUAACCAAUCAAUUAUAAUACAUUGUAAUUUAUUUGUUGAUUUAUAUUUUUUGUUGACAAUUUAAAAAGUACAAGUACCUCAAAAUGUAUUUAAGUCCAGUACUUGAGUAAAUUAACUUUUAUAUUUUUAAAUAUUUUACCACUGCAGUACACAAAUUCACUAUAAAUCUACAGACCUUUGUUUAAUAAAAGUUCAAACAUCAUUGCCUUUUUUAAAUAAAUGUAUACAUGUAAUUCUUGCCUCUAAUAACCAGUCGUAGCCUCUUCAAGCAUCCUGAGUUUUGGAGAUUGAGCUCGCUUUGUGGCCUUUGCUUAUUUUCAAUAUUUACCCUUCAGAGGUACAGUUCGUGCUGCCGUUUCUAUGCAUCACUGUGACAGGCUUCGCCCACUGCCUUGACCAAACAAAUGAAACAAGCUAACCCAAUUUAUGGUUACAACUCUUUUUUUAAAUAUGGAAAUGUUCAACGUUUAUGUCAAGUCAUUCCCUUGUAGCAAAGACGCAUUCACACGUCCGUCUCCACCUGACUGUUUUCUGUGCGUGUAGAAGUGCAUGGCACCGUGGUGAACUUGUGCACUAGAAAUCCUGUAAAAGCUAGCGAUAUAUUAAAGAGAAGCCAUAGAGAAUCUAAUAUAGCCAUAAUGAUAAGAAACAUGUGUAUUUUGAAUUUAGCAUAUCAUAUUCUGUGAUACUAAAGCUCUAAUGAUGUCAGUGCAAUAAAAGAAGAGGAAGAAGAGGAGCGGCAGGGACGAAGCUUUAAGAUGCAUGCCCUAUUUUUGUUCAAGUGCACCAAAAAAAAAUCCUGAUAUUUCCAUUUGGCUCAUUUUUUUGGGGAUAUUUUCAAACUCACAGCUGAGUUUAAAAAACAUUAGCACUAAGGGAGAGCUUGCGCAACUACUGGGCACUGUAUCAAAAUUAGCUAGGUGACUUUAAAGAGAAACACUAAAUCCAAUUUUAUGUACAGUCAUUUUAUCAAACUAUUAAUUGAUCUAGUCCCAGUCUUUAGUGUUCACAGCAGUUCUUUCAUUAUUCAUCCACCUGCUUUGGAGAAGAUUGUCAGCUAAAUCAGUAAAAUGUAACAGGACAAAUAGCCGGUGUUGAUUUAGCUGCUGUAGCACUUUAAGUUUCUCCUGCUGAAUUUUACAUGCUACUUGUGUGUCAAUACUGUAUUUAUGUAUGUAUUUAUGUAUGUAUGUGAAGCAUCCUGACGAGGAAUGUCAGUCUGUACAGAUGUACUCUAUAACAACAUGCAGAUCAUCAGUGUUUUAAUGUACUUUUAUUGUCAAUAAAUACAAACCGAACAAAUACAGUAAAAAAAAAAAAAGGUUGUAAAAUAUUUGCCUCUCGG